UGGAGUCCCAGGAGCAGACAGCACCAGGUGGAAGCAGUGCCUGUCAUGGAUGAAGAUAAGCUCCCAUCUGUACUGCCUGGGGAAGAUGGUACCACCUGGGACCCCAGCCUCGUGCCUGAGGAGGAGCCUGGGGUCCACAAUGGAAUGACAGCCAAUGAGGACUUGAAUAGUAGCCACAACAGCACAGGAUGUGAGAUGAGGGGCACACUGGUGGACACUGGGGAGCCCAUAAAGGGCCCAGAUAUGGCCCUCCACGGCCUCAGCCUUGGCCCCUCCCUCACCAAUGGCCUAGCCCUGGGGCCAGACUUGAACAUUCUGGAAGAUUCUACAGAGUCCAGGCCCUGGAGGGCUGGUGGGCUAGUAGAAGGGGAUGAUGCCUCCAGGAGCCUUUGUCCAGACACUGAGGACCCUCAGCUGGGGCUGGGUGGCCCAGGAGAGCCAGAUGUGCGGGACGGCUUCAGCGCCACGUUUGAGAAGAUUGUGGAGUCAGAGCUGCUGCGGGGCACCCAGUAUAGCAGCCUCGACUCCCUAGACGUGCUGAGCCUCACGGACGAGAGCGACAGCUGUGUCAGCUUUGAGGCCCCCCUCACACCCCUCAUCCAGCAGCGGGUUCGUGACAGCCCUGAGCCAGAGGCUGGCUUGGGCAUUGGGGACACAGGACCCGAGGGGGACACGGGAGCAGCUGGCGCUGAUGGGAAGCUGGGCAGCCCCCUGCGGCGCUCCAUCUCUAGCAGCCGCUCAGAGAACGUCUUGAGCCGCCUGUCUCUCACGGCCAUGCCCAAUGGCUUCCAUGAUGACGGACCCCGGAGCCCAGGUGGGGACGAGGAGGAGGAGGAGGAGGAGGACACGGACAAGUUGCUGAACUUGGCCAGCGACCCCAGCGUAAAGGAUGUCUUGUCUGAUUCGGACUCAGAGCUGAGCAGCUCGGAGGGGCUGGAGCCUGGCAGCGCAGACACGCUGGCCAAUGGCUGCCAGGGGGUUAGUGAAGCUGCUCGCCGCCUGGCUCGCCGCCUCUACCAUCUCGAGGGCUUCCAGCGCUGUGAUGUCGCCCGGCAGCUGGGCAAAAACAAUGAGAUCAGCAGGCUGGUGGCUGGAGAGUACCUCAGCUUCUUCGACUUCUCCGGCCUGACUCUGGACAGAGCGCUCAGAACCUUCCUGAAGGCCUUCCCGCUGAUGGGGGAGACACAGGAACGCGAGCGAGUUCUUACACACUUCUCCCACCGGUAUUGCCAGUGCAACCCUGCUGACAGCACCUCAGAAGAUGGGAUUCACACGCUCACCUGUGCCCUGAUGCUUCUCAACACGGACCUGCACGGACAUAACAUCGGCAAGAAGAUGUCCUGCCAGCAGUUCAUUGCCAAUUUGGACCAGCUGAAUGAUGGCCAAGACUUUGCCAAAGACCUGCUGAAGACCCUUUACAACUCCAUCAAGAAUGAAAAGCUAGAAUGGGCCAUUGAUGAGGACGAGCUGAGGAAAUCACUGUCUGAGCUGGUGGAUGACAAGUUUGGGACAGGCACAAAGAAGAUGACACGGAUCCUGGAUGGUGGCAACCCCUUCCUGGAUGUCCCACAGGCUCUCAGCGCCACCACCUACAAGCACGGUGUGCUGACCCGGAAGACUCACGCCGACAUGGAUGGCAAGAGGACACCCCGUGGGAGGCGUGGCUGGAAGAAAUUCUACGCAGUGCUCAAAGGGACCAUCUUAUAUCUGCAGAAGGAUGAGUACAGGCCUGACAAAGCUCUGUCUGAGGGCGACUUGAAGAAUGCCAUUCGUGUGCACCAUGCUCUGGCCACCAGGGCCUCCGACUACAGCAAGAAGUCCAACGUGCUCAAGCUGAAGACGGCCGACUGGAGGGUCUUCCUGUUCCAGGCACCGAGCAAGGAAGAAAUGCUGUCCUGGAUCCUCAGGCUCAACCUGGUGGCCGCCAUCUUCUCGGCCCCGGCCUUCCCAGCUGCUGUCAGCUCCAUGAAGAAGUUCUGUCGGCCCCUGCUGCCCUCCUGCACCACUCGCCUCUGCCAGGAGGAGCAGCUGCGUUCUCAUGAGAAUAAGUUGAGGCAGGUGACUGCAGAGCUGGCUGAGCACAGGUGUCACCCAGUCGAGAGGGGCCACAAAUCCAAGGAGGUGGAGGAGAACCGACUGAAGGAGCAUUAUCUCACGUUUGAGAAAAGCCGUUACGAGACCUAUAUCCACCUCCUGGCUGUGAAAAUCAAAGUGGGCUCAGAUGACCUGGAGCGGAUCGAGGCCAGGCUGGCCACCUUGGAAGGGGAUGACCCUUCUCUCCGCAAGACACACUCGAGCCCUGCCCUCAGCCAGGGCCAUGGAACUGUGACUGGCAGCAAAGCCACGAAGGAUACCACUGGGCCUGAUACUUAGUUGCCAUGGAUGGGCAGGCCCCAGAGGCAGGCAAAUGCCCCCAGAGGGGUCAGUGAGCACAAUUCUGGCCACGGGCCACUUGGACCGGCUCCAGGCAGAUGACGGGCAGCCAGAGGAGUGCAGAGAGCCCUGUAGGCUAAGGAGAUGAAGAUGCUAUUCAUGCGUUGAUCUUCUUGCAUCCUGGGGCUUCUCUGGGCCUCAUACUUUCUCCCCAGCCCUCAUAUCCCUCUCUACUAUGAGUCUCCUUUUCUAGGCCAUUUGUGUGCAUGCUCUAGAUACCAUCUCACUGAAGAAGUGGGAAGGGCGGUUGACUUCCCAGGCAUUCGUCUUCUCACAAGUUCCUCUCUCAUCUUCCUUGUUUUCAAGGGCAGGUCUUAACUCCAGAUCUCAGCUUGGACCCCCACCCUUUCUCCUCCUCCUUCUUCUGAGUUGACCAGCAGCAGAUUUACAGACCACCAGCACCAUCCUCUCCUUCCUCCACCCAGCAGCCUCUGGAACCAUGCCCCGUUCUCACUGCCUCACAUCACCAUAAUCCAGGACCUGGGCCUGCUCCCUCCAUGCCUAGCUGUUUCUGCUCACAUGUGCAUCCACCUCACCUUCCAUUCAUUGAGGCCACUACUGCUUUCUUUUAUAUGGACAUAAAUGUAUAUAUAUAAGAAUUACAUGUAUAUAAGGACUAUAUAUAUAUAUACCCCUUUAAAGAUGGUUUUAGAACUGAUAUCAGUUAGAGGAUGAAAUAAGAUGAAGGAAAAGCCUACUUCAGAACUCUACCUGUUAAGCGAAGAGGGCUGCUAUGUGGCCACUGGUGGCCCUGACACUUUGGGAGGGAAGGUGGAGAUAGUGCUGACCUCUUCUCACCCCAUUUUUUCCCUCUUCCGGCUGACCUGUGACUUACACUCCUCUUACAGUUGAUGUUUUGGAAUAAAUAGACAGUGCGUGUGUGUGCCACCCCAUCUGUCCCACAGGCAUCCUGGUGUAUGAAUGAGAUGGGACCAUGGCUCUGUUUAUGUUUUGGUCUUUAUGUUGGUGCUGCCAGGUCUCUGAGCUCCAGAGGUGGCCUCUUGUACAGAUCUACUGCUAUAGGAAUAAAAGACACUCUGCCUUGCAAAUAGCUACUUGUCAACAAGCCCAAAGAUGUCUGGUCGGGAAAGGUUAUGGAAGCCAUUAAUCCUUGGUCUUGGGAAAAGGUGGAAUAACAAGUCACUGAUUGUUUUUAGGCUGAUAUUUCUUUCACUUUUCUAGUAACUCAGAAAUGCUAGCUAAGGAUAUGUUUGGGAAGAAUAGAGAAAUUUGCCACAUGAUGAUCACAGACUAGCAUCCUUUAAAUCCUGUGUUCCUUAGACUGACAAGUGGUGGGGGUGAUGGCACCCACAAUGCAGCUAUGAUGAGUAAAUCUUUUCUAUUUUUUAAAUUAAUUACUCUAGUUCGGCCAACAGUUUGACCUCAGUGGUAACAUAUUUAGUUAAGUCGACCUUGCAACUAUAUACCCAACAUUUAUAAGCCCACUCACAUUUGAUGCAAGGGACAUGUGAGUCCACAAAGAGAUGUAGUGAUUUAAUCCAGAUUAUUUAAUUUGGAUUAGCUAAAGUGUAUUUUAUAACUAAACUGUCUGGCCCCUUCAUUUUGCUCAGGGGAAGUAAAUGUUCAUUUAGUUGAAAUUGCAAGAGCCAUGUGUCAACAUAAAAAUCUCUCUGUACUUUCUCCAUGCUGUCUCAAAGAUCCUUUGACUUUUGAGGUCAGCUUCCCAUCCUCUACCUCAUGAGGGCGGGUAAAUGGAAGCAGAGGACCAAGCUCUGUCUGUUGCAGACAGAUGUGCUUCCCUGGGCAGUAGUUGUGCCUCCCAUCAGUAAAAAAGAGUUUAGUUCACUUUCUUAAUUGUAUAAUUAUUUAUUGUAAAUUAUAUACAUGUACUACUGUACUAAAAUAUUAUGUACAUUAUAAAACAUACACAAAAAUAGAAAUUUAAAAAAGAUGAGAUGGAAAUAAAUCUAAAUCAAAGUUCUAA